AUGGCCCCGUACGCUCGUUACGUACCGCUCAAGCCUGCUGCGCCGGUCGCAGCUGCCACUACGACUCUCGAACAUGUCCCGACCCCUCCAACCGCAAAGCAAGUCAAGGUCCCAAAGGGCCCAUCGAGAUCCGACGACAGCGGCAGAAAAAAGAGAAAGCGCAUAGAGCGAGACAAUCCGCCCACCACCCACGACGCUGACAACGACACCGACACUCCUCCAGUCCCCAGCAAACACAGCGCCGUAUACUCAAAGUUCCAGAAAGCUGCCCAGCGCUCCGAGGCAGCAAAGGCCUCCGCGCUCGACGGCCACGUCGUCCUGCCCGAUCAACCCGAACUGCACGAUCUGAUCCCGCUGCCACAACCCGAGCGUGCCCCAACUCCCGACUUUGUGCCAUCCUUCUCGUCGCUACCGCAAUGGCUCGCCCAUCCAACCAUCGUUUCACAAUCCACCACUCGGCCUUUUAACGAGCUUGCCUUGUCCAAGAAGACUCUGGCCCACCUUGAAGCAAGAGGCUACACGACUGCCUUCGCCGUCCAAGCCGCUCUGCUUCCUCUUCUCCUGCCGCAUCCCUAUCUGACCCACCUGCCACCCAAAGAUGUCUGUGUCAGUGCUCCAACUGGCAGCGGCAAGACUUUGGCAUAUGUUCUUCCGAUCAUCGAAAACCUACGCCCGAGGCUCGACACGAAACUGCGCGCCGUCAUCGUCGUACCGACCAGAGAGCUCGUCGCACAGGCAUACACUGUAGCCUCAACGUGCGCCCAAGGUUCUGCCAUACAGAUCGCCCUGGCUGUCGGCAACCAAUCUGUUGCUGCCGAACAGGACCUGCUGGUAAAGAGAGGUCGGUCAUAUAAUCCCGAACGCCAUCGUUCGCUUAUGAACAAGGCCCGGAAACGUCAGUGCUUUGAGCUAGACUCGGACUUGACUGAUACGGAUGCCGCAAUGCUCGACGAUGUUGUUCGCUUGCCAACCGGUUAUGUCCCAACUUACAGCUCGGCCGCCGACUUGCUCAUCUGCACUCCUGGGCGUCUGGUCGAACACUUGACCGCUACUGCUGGCUUCACCUUGGACCAUGUCGAGUGGUUAGUCGUUGACGAGGCCGAUCGUUUGUUGGAUCAAAGUUUCCAAGAGUGGGUAGCCAAAGUGACGGCCGCCCUAGAUGUCCAGAAACCUCUUUCCACACCAAGCCCUGAGACCGCUGCUCUGCGCCAUCUUAUGCCGCAUCGCGAGAGAUACGCAAGAAAGGUCAUUUUGAGUGCUACCAUGACCCGGGAUAUAUCCAGACUAAGUGCUCUCAAGUUGCGUCGACCUACCAUGGUCGUGGUCAAGACUGAAGCUGAGGCUCUUAUUGAUCCCGACACGGCCACAGCAAACAGUGCCGAAGGCUUCGAGCUACCCACUACCCUCUCGGAAUUCGCUGUCCCCGUCGGCGAUGGCUCCGACAAGCCUCUCUUCUUGCUCGAGCUGCUCAGGUCCAGAAUUUUCCCUGGCUCGAAGCUUGAAUCAAGAACACUUCAAGAUGACAGCUCCUCAACGUCCACGUCCGAGAGUGAUUCGUCUUCGGAUGAUGAGUCGUCCUCUGAUGACGACAGCGAUUCAUCGAGGUCCAACAACCUGGCUCCGAAACCAACUGGAAACGGUAUGGUUCUGAUCUUCACGCCCAGCACCGAGGCUGCAGCUCGUCUACACCAUCUUAUCACGCAUAUCGAACCAUCUUAUAAAGCCACUACACUCCUCCUCACCAAAGCAUCCACGAACCUCAACUUCAACACAUCGUCCCUUCCUCGUAUCAUCAUCUCGACUGAUCGUGCUUCUCGCGGUCUUGACUUGCCGUUGCUGACACACGUCAUAAAUUACACCAUCCCGCGUAGUCUGGCAUCUUAUGUGCAUCGUGUGGGUCGCACCGCGAGAGCCGGACGUAGUGGUGAGGCCUGGUCACUAUUCGCUGAGAACGAGGGCCGUUGGUUCUGGAACGAGAUUGCAAGAGCCAAGGGUAUAGGCAGAAACACCAAGGUUGAAAGAACAAAUCUGAAACUUGCUACGGACCAGAAAGAAGGCGGAGAGAUGCGCAGCCGAUAUGUCGAUGCGCUUGAGGGCAUGAAGAAUAUUGUGACCAGCAAGAACACGAAGCCCAGGAAAAACAAGGGCAGGAAAGAUGACGAUGUGGAGAUGGCUGAUUAG